GCGCCAUCUUUAAAGUGGUAUGGGAAUUUUUAAGAUGCUUUUCUCGAUCGGGAGUGUAGAUGCAUUUGUAAUGUUACCAGCAGUCGAAAUUGCAGAUCGGAUAUAAAUUUAUUUUUAUUCUUGGACGCUAACACGAGAGUUCGAUCAAUGGCGCUCGGAAUUCUUCCCGCGUUUACGUAGCACGUAAAGAGAAAUAGGAUAAACGUCAAUAACUAUUUUUGUUGAUUUCCUCGUACAACAUCUGAGAUUCAUUGUGGCAAUGCGGUUUUCGUGACUUGAUCCAUACUUUUAUAUUAUAUUAUACAAAUGAAUCUUUGAGCGAUACUUAUUCAUUCCUUGGACUGUUUUAUUUGAUAUCCUUUUAUUAUCUAGAAAAAGAUAUAACCGGUUAAGAUGAUGCAUCGUAGAGGAGGAAAAAGAAUCCGCAUGGAUGAUCCUGUGCCUCCUGAGUAUGAGGCACCGAUGACUCCAAUGACACCACUCAAUGACAAUUCUGGAGGGGACCAACAAGAUUCGUAUUCUGCAUACACUCCGUACAAUCAACCAUCAAGGACUCCAAUACACAAUCCUACACCAGAACACUAUUUUUCGGAAAACUAUAGUUCUCCAGGAACUUCACAGCAGCCAGGUCAGGAGCAGCCUGGUAGUACUUUUGAUGCACCAGCACUGUUUGAACAACCGUCAACUCCAAUGACUCCGGCCAAUAUGAGAAUAACAAGAAAUACCCGUGCUAGAUUGCGAGGUGGAACAGUGCAACAACCGAAAUACAAAGAAAUUGAUACCGACUAUGUACCUGCAGUAGGAAGCGGUGGUGGUGGUAGUGGUGUUAGCGGCGGCGGUGGUGGUGGUGGUCGUGGUAGAGGUGGAGGAGGACGAGGUCGAGGAAGACGAGCACUCCAUCCACACAGUCUCGAAGACGAGGCUAGCCUUUACUAUGUUAUUAGAAAUAAUCGAUCGUCUCUUACUAGCAUCGUUGAUGAUUGGAUUGAAAAGUACAAGAGUAACCGCGAAAAUGCUCUUCUAAUGUUGAUGCAAUUUUUUAUUAAUGGAAGUGGAUGCAAGGGACGAAUUACACCAGAAAUGCAAGCCACUAUGGAGCAUGUUGCCAUUAUUAGAAAAAUGACUGAAGAGUUCGAUGAGGAAAGUGGCGAAUAUCCUUUAAUUAUGACUGGACAACAGUGGAAGAAAUUUCGUGCAAAUUUUUGUGAAUUCGUGCAGAUUCUCGUACGUCAAUGUCAAUAUUCCAUAAUAUAUGAUCAAUUUUUAAUGGAUAAUGUCAUCUCCCUCUUGACUGGGUUAUCCGAUUCACAAGUGCGAGCAUUCAGACACACCGCUACUCUUGCAGCCAUGAAAUUGAUGACUGCUCUGGUGGACGUUGCUCUGACCGUCUCAAUAAAUUUGGAUAACACUCAACGUCAGUAUGAAGCAGAAAGACAAAAGGCUAGAGAAAAAAGAGCAGCCGACAGGCUGGAGUCACUAAUGGCGAAACGUAAGGAACUUGAGGAAAAUAUGGAUGAAAUAAAAAACAUGUUAACCUACAUGUUCAAGUCCGUCUUCGUACAUCGGUAUCGAGACACGUUACCAGAAAUACGUGCGAUUUGCAUGGCAGAGAUUGGAGUCUGGAUGAAAAAAUUUCACCAGAAUUUCCUUGAUGAUUCCUACCUGAAAUAUAUAGGAUGGACACUUCAUGAUAAGGUCGGCGAAGUGAGGCUAAAGUGUCUUCAGGCAUUACAGCCUCUUUAUGCAUCAGAGGAGCUGAAAACAAAGCUUGAAUUAUUUACAAGCAAAUUUAAGGACCGCAUAGUAGCAAUGACCCUGGACAAGGAAUAUGAUGUCGCUGUCCAAGCGGUUAAGCUGGUGAUUUCUAUUCUGAAACAUCACAGAGAAAUCCUGACUGAUAAGGAUUCGGAGCACGUAUAUGAACUGGUGUAUUCAUCGCAUCGUGCAGUGGCUCAGGCAGCUGGGGAAUUUCUAAACGAGCGAUUAUUCAUACCAGACGAAGAAGCUGUAGCUGGUGUUAAGACAAAGCGAGGAAAGAAGAGACUUCCAAAUACGCCGUUAAUUAGGGAUCUGGUGCUCUUCUUCAUAGAGUCUGAACUUCAUGAGCAUGGAGCAUAUCUGGUAGAUUCUUUAAUUGAAACUAAUCAGAUGAUGAAGGAUUGGGAGUGCAUGACAGACUUGUUACUCGAAGAGGCUGGAUCUGAUGAGGAAGCUCUUGAUAACCAAAAGGAAACUUCUCUGAUAGAGUUAAUGGUUUGUUGUAUAAAACAGGCUGCUACUGGAGAAGCGCCUGUUGGAAGAGGUCCGACCAGGAAGAUUCUGUCGGUAAAGGAACUCAAGCAAGUCCAAGACGAUAAACAGAGACUUACCGAACACUUUAUUCAAACGUUGCCCCUUCUUCUGGAUAAAUAUAGAGCAGAUCCUGAGAAGGUUGCCAACUUAUUAGCUAUACCCCAGUACUUUGAUCUGGAUAUAUAUACGAAGUCGAGACAGGAAAAAAAUCUGGAGGCUCUGUUAAAUAAAAUUCAUAUGAUUGUGGAGAAGAUGCAUGAUACUGAAGUUCUGGAUACCGCCGCCAAGACCCUGGAGUAUAUGUGCGUGGAAGGCCACGCGAUUUUCACUAAGUGUGACGUAGCAAGAUCCACCCUGAUCGACUCCAUUGUUAAUAAAUACAAAGAAGCCAUCGACGAGUAUAGAAAUCUCAUAGAGGGCGAGGAGGAUCCUGACGAGGAUGAGAUAUUCAACGUGGUACUUUCCUUGAAGAAAGUCUCCAUAUUCUACAGCUGUCACAAUAUGAAUCCUUGGGGUAUCUGGGAUUCUCUGUACAAGGACAUAGAGGAUGCUAAAGACCCAACUAGAUGUUUGCCCCACGAAGCAAUCAAGUACUGUAUUAGUGCGUGCUUCUUCGCCAUCCUCUGGGGACAACGUCACCUCAUGGAGGCGAAUGAUUCUGGAAGCCGUGGCGAAGACGAGAGUAGACAGCUGAGGGAACGUCUACAUGCAUUCAUGGGUUCAAUGCGUAGUUUUGUUAGCGGGGAUGGAAUUGGUGCACCCUCACCGCCGGUCCUCAGGGAGGAAGCGUACAAUACGAUUUGCGAUCUUCUGGUGGUUUUUUGUAACCAGUUAACGAACCAGUCAAAUCCCUUGUUACACCAGCUGGUAUAUGAACCUGAUCAAUCCAUGCAAAAUAUGCUUAAUCAUUUCAUCCAAGAGUACGUCUUCGUCGAGGAAGAGGAUGGCGAGCAUGAUGAGCACUCCAAAAUCGAAGAACUUCACAAAAGGCGAAAUUUCUUAGCUGGUUACUGUAAACUUAUUGUUUAUAAUAUGAUACCUACCAAAGCAGCCGCUGAUGUAUUCAAGCACUACGUGAAGUACUACAAUGACUAUGGUGAUAUCAUUAAGACCACCUUGGGCAAAGCAAGGGACAUCAACAAGACUAACUGUGCUUUGACUAUGCAACAUAGUCUGAAUAUCCUUUACAACGAGAUAGUUGCUGAAAAAGGUAGAGUCAACCGGAACAGCGAAGAAUUUACAGCUAUAAAGGAACUGGCCAAGAGAUUUGCACUAUCCUUUGGAUUGGAUGCUGUGAAGAAUCGUGAAGCUAUUACUGCUCUUCAUAGAGCUGGCGUGCUCUUCGCCAUAACUCCGCCAGAUGGUGUUGAACUCGAUCCAACUGGUCCACCGCCGAAUUUACCAUUCCUUGAAAUUCUUUCUGAGUUCACCAAUAAACUUCUCAAGCAGGAUAAGCGUGUAGUAUUAAACUUUCUUGAUAGAAGACUUCAAGCUGGAAUGCCAUCCUCUAAGGGCGAAGAUUGGCAACCCUUAUUACUCUACCGGAACAGUUUGCUACAUGGUGAAACAGAUCAAGUGCCAGUGACAAGUAAACGAGCUUAUACGAGACGCAAGAAGGAUCAUCUGGCCGAAGAGGAAGAGGCCGACGAGGCGGACGACGGUUCCGAUCACGAGUUUAUGGGCAAGCACAAGAAAAAACGGGGCCAAAGGAAGACUCAGAUAAGUAUGGACAGAAAAAUUGGCAUUUCACGUGCGAGAACCUCCAGUUUUCACGAGAGUAUUGAACAGGCAGGAACACCAUUAUCUCCGUCGCAUAUCCUGGAUGAAAUCUCCACCAGUCCUUCACAGGAUAUCGACAACCGGCUCAAGUCGUUGCAAAUACAAUCCUCAAAGCCACGAAAGAGUCAGGAUGGUCCUGAACCGAGAGAGUUGAGAAGAACCUCCAGGAACUCUGGUCGCUAUGUGGAAGGACAAUAUAUGGAAUCUGAUUCGGAGUAAAACUUCUUCUUGGAAGAUUCUUUAAUUGGAUGACAAUAGUUACGAUGGGAUAAAUUGUUCCUUUUUUUCUCGUUCAUGCCAACCAGGCCAUUGUCGAAAUUCCCUUGGACGAGAAAUUUCUUCUUACUUUCCCUCGCUUUGACUGAUUCCAUUUUUUUUUAUUACGUCGCGUUACGUUUACGUAUUGUCAAUGUUAUUGGUGUCAGUUCUUCGACAGACAGUGAAAUGUCAGCAAAAGUGCAGCAUCGAAGCCAGCUGGGCCUAGCCCAACUUUGAAGCUUUGCACAGAAGAAAGUAACUGAGCAGCGAAUAUGUUUUAUUAAUAAGUGAUAGAUAAGUGACGAUAUUAAUUUUAUUAAGAGAUAUGUUGAAGGGUCACCGUGAUUUUUGACCUUAACUGAUACUAACGAAUAAAUUCUAUUGCGCACA